CUGGCAAAUACUAAUAUCGCCCCCUAUACUAGAAGCGCAGCUGUAUUAUAUUAUCUUACUAAGUAUAUUACUAAGAAGAAGCAAAAUAUAAGCUUCUUUAAUAAUUUCUUAGACAAGAUAAUUCUUACCCUAAAUAUAGUAAAUCCCCUUUUAUUAACAGUGAUAAAGCUAAUAAACCGCACUAUAAUUAAGUAA